GGUCAUCCCCAAAUCAACAUCAGAUGAGUCAAUAAUGGUCGAACGCGCAAGGCUGCUUGCUCAAUGAAACUCCAACUUCGAAGCGCCAGCGAUGCUUUCGGCCAGCCUGGCAUCCGCGCCUUGCUUCUUCUCGUGACUCUUGUCUCGUUAUAUUCGAUAUACGGCUCGCUCUAUUUUUACCGUGAUCCGCUCUCCGUCUUUUUCUCCGAAGAGCAUGGCUUCGAUCGUUUUUACUCGGCCACGCGCCAGGCCGAAGCCGACGAAUUUCUCGACGCAGCUAUAGCAAAUUCGAAUUCGGCUCAGCGACAAAUAGGCACGGCCGGCGCGGAUCCUCAGAUAUGUGCUGUGUUCAUCACGGUCGGGAGAGAUAUGGUAGGGCGUCAAUACAUCGACAGUGCCGUAGGGUCAUUCCUAGCGAACAUGUCACGAGCCGAAAGAGAAGCCACGCACCUGAAGUUGUUUUUCGCCGAUGUACCAAACCCUAAUAUACAGCAUAAGAGUUAUGACAAGUUUGCGAAUUCCGACAUCGUCGAUGAAGUGUUUACCUACAACACCACGCUAUCCCCACAGGAAAAAGACAGCAAGAUCCACGAACUCAUGCAAUUUGCCAAGGACCGCCAGAAUAAGCACGCGCUUGAGAGAAAGACGGUAUACGAUUAUGCGUAUGCCAUAGAUCGAUGUAUACAGACAACCAACGCGCCGUACAUCGCGCUUUUCGAGGGCGAUAUUCUCCUCGCUGAUGGCUGGGCUGCGAGGACACUUAAGAAUCUACGGACUAUCGAACAUAUGAUGAAAGAUCCAAGACGUCAUGAUCCUCAGAAGGGUCAGAUUGAGCCGGGUGGUCCAAAUGCAUGGUUGUACCUUCGUCUGUUCAACCAAGAACGGAGCUUUGGAUGGUCGGGUGGUCCCGGCUUCAAGAGCAACAACGUUCAUAUUAUAUCGGUUGCUGUGGCUGUUCCUCUAUUACUGGUAUUGGUUAUAGCACGAAGACAACUACCCCGACACCUAGCCCGACAUUUAGAUUGGUGGACAUUACUAGUCAUAUGUGGCCUCGCGGUACCGCUCUUCAUAUGGCUUUUCUACGCAUCCGGGAAGGCAGCUCUCAUAGGUGCGCCGCGAGGCGUCCACGAAGAGUGGUUUGGAUGUUGUAACCAGGCACUGGUGUAUAACCGCGAGCACGCGAAAGGUUUAGCACAUUAUAUGAAGGUCGCCUCCAGACACGAGUCUCCAGGGAGGAGCGACAUGCUCCCGAAGCAAUUCGCAUGGGAUCAUGGUUUAGCGAGGAUAAGUGCAUAUCCGAUGCUAGCUCAACACGCAGGAAGGGUCAGCGCAAUCGACACGAGUAACGAUGAAGCGAAACGGGUUUGGAGUAUGGCGUUUGAAGAUUUUAAGCCGUCUAAGUUGGCUAAGGAACAUUUUAAAGACGUACAAGAUCUGUUCGGGAACGAGGCGGCUGAGCAGAUGAAUACACCAUAGCACGAGAUUAUGAGAAUACUGCAUGGGCAUUCGAUCUGGAUAAUCCAUAUAAAAAGCUUCAUCAUAGCUAGCAUCCUAAUACCCUAACCCAUACAAGCUUGGCACAAAACAAGCUCAUGACUAUUCGCUAUUUUGUAUAGAAGCCAAGGCACUAAUUUAACAAAAAGCUUA